AUGGAGGAGUCGAAGCGCCUGGGGCCGUCGGCGGGGCACGCGCAAUACGGGACUGUCCCGAGCGGGGGAGCGCGCGCGGUGAAGGAUUUGGAGGCUCAGGCCUUUUCUGUGUCUCCCGACCAGACGUUUUAUCUCCAGCUGGGCGGUUUGUUGGUUCUCUGGUACGCGCUGAACGUCAUGUACAAUCUGGACAACAAACUGGCGCUGAUCAUGCUGCCGCUGCCGUGGACAGUCUCGACGUUCCAGCUGUUCUUUGGGUGGAUUUUCUUCUGCUUCGCGUGGGCGACGGGGCUGCGGCCAGUCCCGCGGGUCCACACGGCGGAGCUCUUCUUCACGCGCAUCGCGCCGCAAGGUCUCUGUCACUUCUUUGUCCACAUUGGCGCGGUGAUCUCCAUGGGCUGUGGAGCUGUCAGCUUCACGCACAUCGUCAAGGCGUCCGAGCCGGUCCUCACGGCGCUGCUGUCCGGGAUCUUUCUGCGGCAAAUCUUCACCUGGCAGACGUACCUCUCCCUCGCUCCGAUUGUCGCGGGAGUCAUCAUGGCGUCAGUCACCGAGCUCUCGUUCACGUGGAUGGCCUUCUGGUGCGCGCUCCUCAGCGCCCUGGGGAGCUCGUCGCGCGCGGUCUUCGCGAAACGCGCGAUGGCAGAUCGAAAGCAAGUCGGCGAGAAUCUGUCGUCUGCGAACAUGUACGCGCUCUUGACCAUCGUCGCGUCGCUCAUCUCGCUCCCCCUCGCCCUCUUCACCGAGGGCGCGAAAGUGCUCGCCGUCUGGGAGGCGAGCACUGGCCCAGACAGCCCCUGGACCGGACCGCAGAUCCUCGCAAAGAUGUGCUUCUCCGGCUUCUGGUACUACAUGUACAACGAAGUCGCGUACCUGUGCCUGGAGAAAGUCAACCAAGUCACGCACGCAGUCGCGAACACUCUCAAGCGCGUGGUCAUCAUCGUCGCCUCCGUCAUCUUCUUCCACACGCCCGUCACCACGCUCGGCGCGACCGGCGCCGUGGUGGCCAUCGCCGGAACGCUCCUCUACUCGCUCUCCAAAACCAAAUACGGAUAA